UGGCAAACUCCUCCUUCCUGCUGCUUCUUGAAGAGACUCCCUGUGUGCUUGACUUCCUAAAUACCAUCCGGGCUGAUCAAUCCACAGGGCAGCCUUUAGCAUAAAUGCAGACUGGACAGUUGGGAAGGAAACAUUUCUUUUGGUUGUUGUAGCUGGAGAGAGCUGUACCUUUAACACAGGCUGGGCGAACAAGCUGCCACUGCAUUCGUUCCUGAAAGCUUGUGGGGAAAAAUCUCUUUUGACACUAAGGUGCUGCUGCUGGAAGAGCAGGACAGAGUUUUGUAUCAUCUAAGUUGGAAGAGACUUUGCUGUCUGGACUGAAGGAGGGAGAGAGAAGAGUAGAGCUCUGCUUUCCUCACCCUGUGAACCAUGAGUGGCUGUUCCAAGAGGUGUAAGCAUGGGAUUGUGAAAUUUGCCCAAACCAUCUUUAAACUCAUCACAGGAACCCUCAACAAAGAUAAAAUUGAAGAUGAAUUGGAAAUGACCACAGUAUGUUACCGGCCAGAAGGAUUGGAACAACUUGAGGCACAAACCAAUUUUACAAAGAAGGAACUUCAAGUGCUUUACAGAGGCUUCAAAAAUGAAUGUCCUAGUGGAGCUGUUAAUGAAGAAACAUUCAAACAAAUCUAUGCACAGUUUUUUCCACAUGGGGAUGCUAGUAUGUAUGCCCAUUAUCUCUUUAAUGCAUUUGACACAGCACAGAAUGGAUCCGUAAAGUUUGAGGAUUUUGUGACAGCACUAUCCAUCCUGUUGAGAGGAAGCGUUCAUGAAAAGCUACGAUGGACAUUUAAUCUGUAUGACAUAAAUAAAGAUGGCUAUAUAAAUAAAGAGGAAAUGAUGGAUAUAGUAAAAGCAAUUUAUGACAUGAUGGGCAAAUAUACUUAUCCAGUGCUGAAAGAAGAUGCUCCAAGGCAGCAUGUAGAAGCAUUUUUCCAGAAAAUGGAUAAAAAUAAAGAUGGUGUCGUAACUUUGGAUGAAUUUAUUGAGUCGUGUCAGGAGGAUGACAAUAUCAUGAGAUCCUUACAGCUUUUUGAAAAUGUCAUGUAACAGCAGCUGAGGAGUACCACCGGAAAUCAGAGACUUUAUAUGUAAUGGGACCCUGAAGAAAAUGAGUCAAAAAAAAAAAAAAUCCCCACUACCCUUUUUGAUGAAAGCUUUUUACUACUUGGAUAUACUCUGUGUGCAAGGAUUUUGUAUGCCAUCACAAACUGGGCUGUGUCUCUGAAUGCAACAAACUCGAUCUUGCCUCCCUCUAGAGACACCAGCUAGAAUUUGUUUCAUUUGGAAGCAUGCUAAUAAGAGAGACCUGCUGUUUAAAAAGUUAAUGAAUUAUUGAAGUUUAAAUGAUUAAAACAAUAUUCAGUGUUCUGUUUGCUAAUCACAAAACUGCUGCUGCUUUUGCUCUAGCAAGCUGGAUUGCAUAUGGUAGCACAGCAUCAGUAGCUUGCUUAACCAUCUAUUGUGAGCAGAAACUCUAUGUUUCUCACAGGACAAAACAUUGUACUAAUAUGUUGUUUUGAAAGCAAUGUAUGAGAAGAGAUCAUGCUUGUUCUUCAAGGUGAAAGAAAUUUAACACAAUAAAUGGAGGGUGGGAUUACUGUAGGUCCUGUCUGGAUGAUCUGCUUAUUGUGCAACAGUUACAGAGUUGUGAUUCAUUUGUUGCACAAGAUUCAGACCAUUUUGCUUAAAAAAUGUUUCAUGUUCAAUGAUAGUGCAUUUUACCAGCACUUAAACUACGAUAAAUUGUUGCAGGAAGUAUAAAGUUCUUUUCUCCACUAGCAAA